CUUCGGCCCACUAGUGGUUCAGGCCCAAAGACACGAGAAAAUAAAAAUAGUUGCCGUUGGUUGGUUCUUUUCGUCGGCGGGAAGGCGUUGUAUGUAUCUUGGAAGAUUCUUUCUCCUUCUCCGGUCUCGAUCCUCUGCCUGGGGACAGGAAUCGGGGAACAGGAAAUUUGUCUGCUCUUGCUUAUUUUAUCGGCGACUGGAAAAACUGAGUGCUUUCUAAACCAGCCACUCAGCCAGUGAAGCAGAAUAUAUUCUGGUGGAAUUCCGACGGCGAGGAUUGGGGAAUCGGGUCGGAGAAAGGUGGGUCUCCGAUCAAGAAGAAAUGAUAACUCGUUCCAAGCUCGUAGAGCAGCUCUUCGAAGAUUACCGGAUCCGUGCUCAACACAGGUGUCCUGCGCUCACCAUCUUCUCCCCCAAGCCGCACCUCGUUUCCUGGGCUGAUGUUGCCGUGGCUCUUGUCUGGGCAUUGGUGUUCAGCAUGCUUGUGAUCUUGUCCUACGCAUCCAUUCAUUUUCGACACUUUUGGGUUUCAGUUGUUGAAAUCUGUCUUGCAAUCUUGCUUCUUGUACGCCUCCGAAGUUCAAGGCAAGCACUGGCCAAGAAGAGGGACAGAGGGCUGCCUUUAUCGAUGUAAAUAACUUCCCUGAAGACUGAUGAAGAGAACGAAACAACUAGUGCAGAAUGAUCUUCUGAUGCUUGAGGGUUUCUUGUUACGUCUAACUGAUGGGUUCUAAAACUUGGAGCACUUAGUCAUCCGGAAAAAUCUGGUUCACCGUGUCUGGAAUGGUAUGCAUUUUCUUUCCUCUUGACCGAUGUUGUUACAUUACCAUACCCAAAACAUGAGGAUACUGCAUUAUGCUCUCUUUUUCUCUGGCAUGUCAGCUAAGGGCAGCGACAUGACAAUUUUUCGCUCUAGCUGGCUUGUAAAUCUUUUUAGUUUAGGAGAAGCCGUCUGAGAUGGGAUCCUGGAGUUGAAGAAUCAGCUGUAAAAAAAAUUGCUUCCUCAAUUCAAAUUGGCCCUGUAUUCCCCAGUUUGACUUCUUUGGCAAGAUAUGUAUCUAUUGUAUUGUCUGCAGUUUGCAAUCAUCCCCACUUAUUUGUUUGAAGAUAUGAUGGGUUAGAACUUGGUUAUUAACUUGUUUUAAGCGGCUGAGAUAAUUGAUGUCAGCCAUUUGUCAUUGCUUGAACCGCAAAGAGUUUAAAUCCAUCAAAUAUAACAUUUAGAAUAUG